UCUCCUAAUUCCACUUUUAACAGGAUAUAAGUAAAAUUUGUUUGGUUCCUGAGAGGAAACACAUUAAACCGACUUAAGUGCAAAAGACGGGGCCUGUUGGUAUCAUUACUUAAAAAAUGAUAGCAGUGUACUGGAGUUGUAAUGCAGGUGUUGGCUCUAAGAUCUAGGUGGUGGCUUACAUGAACAGCUGCAUGCCAGAUGCAGAUAAGGACAUGAAAAACAACAAAAAUUACCACAGUGCUGAUGGGAAUGAAACAAACCCUGAAAGCUGUAACAGAGUUGUUACUGCUAAUUCUUUGUCACUCUGGUCUUGGUGAGAUUCAUUAUCAACUGACAGGACAACCCUGGCAUGUAGCCUUAAGUAACAAGUCAGCCUUUGUGGACUUUCUUUAUCCCAGCUUUGGGAGCAUGGAAAAUGUUUCCAUCACACUGCUAGACACCAGCACAAACCAAACACUUGCAAAAAAAUGGCUUCCAGUGAAUGAGUCACAAGGCACCGUUGAGUUUGAAUGUAUUUAUUUUAGACAAGCUGGGGAGUAUCAGUUUUGGAUGACCAUUGACGCACAGCUCGAUAAUGACACACAAUGGUCAACUGAUGUACUGCAGGUAAAUUGGCCAGAGUUUAACAUGGAGGUGAAUGCCAGUACCAAUCAGAGUACAUUUCAGACCUGCGUUUUUACAAAUGAAUAUGUAUGUCCAUUUGGAGAGAACCCACCUGUGUUUUACCUUACUGUUACAUAUAUAAACAUGCAUAAAGCUGGCACUAACAAAGUACUAAAGCAGGUCAGUAAAGAUAUUUCCAUCACAAAAGCUCAGUGUCUAGAAUUCCAGUGCCCUCCUUUCGAUCAGCAAGUACUACUCAAUUUAUCAUUGUCUAGCUUUACAAAUUCCAUCCUACUGUCAAGGGGUCCAUUGUCUUUUGCUGUGUCUUCUCAAUACAAACUACAUUUCGGGACUACAGAUGGAGUACACUGCACAUCUGUGAUGGAAGUUUAUAUUAAUACUCCUCCAUGUAUUUAUUUGGAAGGGAGAGUCACUGUUUACAAAGGAGAUGGACGGACUCCUGUUCAUACAUCAGUAAUCUUGUUAAAUGGCGGUAGUAAUAAAACUGAAUUUAGCUGCUCUGUGUUUGAGCCUGGGAAAAACAGAUACUGUUUCAGAUUUGUUGGGGGCAUGGUGUCUAGUCUCACUUCACCCAGAGCAUAUGACUGUACUGAAAUCCAGAGAGAAACAGAACAAUGGAGCCUUUGGCACACAUGGAGUCCUUGUAGUGUGAGCUGUGGUGAUGGCGUCCGUGAAAGGUUCCGAGAAUGUUUAUCAUCCCUUACAGUGAACUGCACUGGACCACAAAAGGACACCUCCCCCUGUUCCUUCGAGGAUUGCUUGGCAACAACAAGCCCCACUACAAAGCCAUUUCCUGAAACUGAAGAGAAUCAGAAUGUAAGCAACAUUGUUACAGUAGCUGGCAUUUCAUUGUGCUUGUUUAUAAUUUUUGCCACUGUUCUUUUCACGGUCUGGAGAAAACUAUGUCAUGUCCAGAAGUGCAGCAGUGCAGUUAGACAUGUAUCAAUCCACUCACCAAGUCUGAGAAAAAACUCUGAUGAAGAAAACAUUUAUCAGCUCACCCAACAACAGGAAAGCUUUUCUGAAAAUAUUGAGGCAACACCAGUCAUUUCAGGAGAGAGAAUGCCUGUUUCCAACAAAAGAAGCCUUAAUGCUUCUCAUGAACAAGAACAAGAAAUACUCAUCAAUGAUAGCUUUCAAAUCCCUGGUCAGAAAGUACUUCCUCCUAUAUAUGGAUAUCGUCUUGCCCAGCAACAGCUGAAAGAAAUGAAAAUAAAAGGGCUUACUGAAGCGACCAAAGUGUACCAUGUCUCACAGAAUCCUUUAAAUGACACUGUUGUUGAGGCUUGCAAACUACAUCUCCAGGAUUCAAAUGGUCAAGAGGCUAACAGAAUGACUCCAUUCCAAGUUAAACCUCCUUUUUUGGACCAGAUAAUCACAUCACCAAAUUUUCAUAUUGAAAGAUCUACCCCAAGGGCAGAUUUUCCUCUUUCACCUCAUCCUUUAACAGUGAGCUCCAGUCUUCCGAUAGGAAGGCCGGUAAACUUGAAAAAUCUAGACUGCAGAGGAGAAACUACUGACAGACUUUAUUACAGGAAUCCCAAUUUUAGAAGGACUGCUAGCUUUACUGGAAGUAAACAAAUAAGGCCGUAUCGAGAAAGGAGUAUGUCCACAAUAACUCCCACACAAAAACCUGGGUAUGAUACAAGAAUUAAAGGGACAGAUCAGUCUAUUGACAGAGGACUGAGACCAAAAUCUAGAACUGGUGAUCCAGGGACUCAGAAACUUCCAUCAUGGAACUGUGGUGUCCUGGCUUGUGAAGAAUCUGGUUACUGCACAAAAUCUGACCAAAAGUGCCCACCAUGUGGUAAGCCUGACUUAGUUAGCCAUCACCGACAUCACCAUCGUCAUCUUCCAGUGAAACAAGUAAGGUCCCAAAAUGUGGAUGUGAACAAAAGCCAAAGAGGACCUUCACCAAAUAGCAAAACCAUGGUUAAGUCUAGAUAUCAGAAGAACAGAGGUUUAAGCCCAACACACUACAGACAGGAAAGGUGUAAGAGUCUCCCUUUGGAUCCAGACUAUGGGUUUUAUGACAACAGUACAUUUGGUCUAACUACAUCAGAACAGAAAAUGAUUGAUCUGCCUGGGUAUUUUGGAUCAAAUGAGGAAGAUGAUGAAACUAGUACUUUAAGCGUUGAUAAUCUGGUGAUUUAGAUUUUGCCAUUGUUGACAUUUUCUAUUUUUCCUUGCAUUUUAUUUUAAUUUUUAAAUGAUAUGUCUGAUUCCUUUGCAGUCUGAAUUUUGAAGGUGCUUCUGUGAGGUUUAUGAUGUACUUGAAUAGAGGUUUAAUUCAGCACAUGUGCUAAAAAAGGCCAACAAAAGAGACAAAUGCAUUUUAAAUCUGGUGUGUGUGUGUGUGUGUGUGUGUGUGUGUGUGU